UGCAGCGUUUGUGGUGUGUGGGACUGGUAUUCCCUUGGUCUCCAAAUUCGAGCCCAGUCCAGUAUAUUACGCGGAAUUUCAUCACCUCGGCUUUCUACUGCUGUUGCCGCCAUGGCUUCGUUAGCUCUUCCUACCGCCUCCUCACAGUGUCUCUCGUGCUCCUCGUGGGCUCGGGGCAGCGUCAAAGCCAGCGGGCCAUGCACGAGAUUCUUGUCAGGGCGGCCGCUAUACCCGUCUCUGGCCAGGAGAUGCGAGAAGGCAGCUGCCAGGAAAAGCGUUAGACGCGUGGUAGCGGAGAAAGGCUCUACGAGCGACUUGGUCAGCACGGCAGUGAAAAUAGGCAAUGAAGGACUCGACGCAGCGACAAAGCUUGUUCCCGCCACCAUCCCUCGGCCAGUGGCGAAAGCGGGCGUCGGACUUCUCUCGCUCGCCAUCCUCUUGUCGCUCGUACAGACCGUCUUCAACACGUUUGUCAGCCUCCUUUUCCUUGGAGGACUAGGUUAUUUAGGUUUCCAGUACCUGUCCAAGGAUGGCAACAAGUCUUCCGGAAGUUCAAGCGAUGACCCCCUUGAUGAGGCUCGCCGCAUUUUGGAUAAGUACAAGUAAAGAGCGUUACAUGAAUAGCAUAUGCGUUGCGUGUAUAAAAAACGGCAUUGUGUUCUGUCAGGCAGGAUAAGGAAUAUGCUUUUAGACUCUGAAUAUCACCUGCGCCAUGCUUGUGUGACUCGUUUACAAAAUCCCGGUUAUCAUGCAAUAUC